UCCUUUGGACAUCAGAAGCACAGAAAGCAUUCGAUGUGCUGAAAACUAAGUUAAGUACUGCUCCUGUUCUUCAGGAGCAUUAUGGCGUGCCCAUGCAGAUUGUUUGGCUGCGGACGCUGGAAUGAAUAAAAUCUUGGAAAAUUUGAGAAAAUACUAUUAUUGGGGUGGUAUGGUGAUCAGUGUUCGUGACUUUAUUAACUCUUGUGAAGCCUGUAAAGUUAACAAGCAUCCUAAGCAAAUUCUCCGACCACCCAUGGGUAAAAUGACAGACAUAGACCGGUUUCUACAAAGACUUUAUGUCGAUUUUGUUGGUCCUUAUCCACGCUCUCGUAGGGGAAAUAUCGGAAUACUGGUAGUAUUGGAUCACUUUUCCGAAUUUCCUUUUAUCAAACCUGUCAAGCGACUCAAUACUGAGGUGGCAUGUAAGUUUUUAGAAGAAGACGUAUUCCAUACCUUUGGAGUGCCGAAGACUGUUGUAACGGAUAACGGAGCUCAAUUCGUUGCAAAGAAAUUCAGAUCUCUGCUUUCACGUUAUAAUGUGAAACAAAUUUUCACUGCAGUUCAUUCACCUCAAGCCAAUGCAUCGGAACGAGUCAACAAAACUUUAGUAACAGCAAUGAGGUCUUAUGUGAAUGCAGAUCAGAAGAAUUAUGAUGAAGAACUGAGUUGUAUAGCUUGUGCUUUGAGGUCGAGCAUUCAUUCUGCGACCGGUAAAGAACGGUAUUAUGUUGGUCAAUAUGGCUACAAACAGUAAAGCUUACUCCCUAUUGCGGAAGCUUAAACCUCUGGAUGAUUAUCCAUUACGAUUAUCCCGUGAGGAUUCAGUUCAGUUAACAAGACGAUUAACUAAACAUCAAAGAGCAACGCAAUUUAACAGAAACGUAAAGAGCUACAACUUAAGAUCCACGGUGGUGAAUUUUGUUGAAAGCCAAGAAGUUUACCGAAGAAAUUUUAAACAAUCCAGCUUUGUUAAAUGUUAUAACGCUAAACUUGGACCGGUUCUUGUCAAAGCUCGGAUACGAAGAAAAAUUGGAAAUUCCUGCUAUGAGUUGGAAGAUCUGCAGGGUAAUGUUGUGGGAAUUUAUCAUGCUAAAGAUAGUAAGCAGUGACGGUUGUGAUCAUUUUUCGUUGUGAAUCAGAUUUGGACGAUUGAUUUCAUCAUUCCUCAAAGUCUGAUCUUGUCUGGGGGGAAAAUAUAGGAAAACAAGUAGGCGUUGGUUUUAUUUUUUUUUUUGG